GGAAGGGAACAAAAAGUUUCCAAGCACAAAAAAAAAGGGAAAAACGUGUCUUUUCUCUUUUUCUUUUUUCUUUUAUUAUUAAAAACACAGAAAAAAAAAAAAAAGAGACGAUGAGCAGUAAAUUAAAAAAUAAGCCUACGGGAUUAAAACUAGAGUUAAAUGGAUGUUAUCCGGAAAGUGACAACCACAGUGACUGGCGACAAGAUAUUGCACGAUUUGUCAGCCAUGAUGAUGAUAAUUUGAAGGGGGAGAUGAAACCCAAGGAUUUCGAAAACGCCCAAAGAUUAGGUGAAGGUGCUGCUGGUACAGUGUGGAAAGUAGUGCAUGCUCCAACCAAAUUGGUUAUGGCCAAAAAGACCAUCACGGUAGAUCCAGAUACUCAGUUACAACGACAAAUCCUAAGAGAACUGUCCUUUUUAAAGACAUGUGAGUCGCCUUAUAUCGUUUCCUUUUAUGGUGCCUUUUUAGAGGACGGUGAAAGUACCAUUGCCAUCUGCAUGGAGUAUUGUGAAGGUGGUAGUCUAGAAGAUAUCUAUAAACGUGCAACACAGAUUCAUGGCAAGAUUGGUGAAACCAUCUUGGCUAAUAUUGCGGAAGCUGUUUGUAAGGGCUUGAUUUAUUUGCAUUCACAAAAGGUGAUUCACAGAGACAUCAAACCUUCCAAUAUUCUGAUGACGAGAAAGGGACAAAUCAAGCUUUGUGAUUUAGGUGUUUCUGGAGAACUUAUCAACUCCUUGGCAGAAACAUUUACGGGCACGCAAUACUACAUGGCACCUGAGCGUAUCAAGGGCGCAACGUAUUCCGUCAGUUCCGAUAUUUGGUCGUUAGGACUAACUAUAAUUGAAGUAGCACAAAACCGACCUGCAUUACCCCCGCCAGGUCAACCUCACCUUACGAUUUUUGAGUUGCUGGAUUUUAUUGUUCAUCAGCCAAUGCCUACAGUCGGAGAAGAUCGUUCCAUCGAGUGUCAAAAAUUUGUUUCCACCUGUCUUAUCAAGGACCCCGAGCAACGUCCCACGCCUGAGGAGAUGCUUAAUCACGAGUUUAUUAAAGUGCGUGCAGAUGCCACUUGCAACAUUGAAGGUUGGCUUCAAGAACUAUGGGGCUGGUAGAAGUAGCACCAACAAAAAAAAAACCCUAUUUGUAAAUUUCUCUUGUGUGUAUAUUCCCCCUCUCUCCCCUCCUCCUCCCUUUGCAUCUAUAAUUUAAAAAAAUAAAAUAAAAAUAAACAAAGACACACGUUGUGGCUUAUAUAGCAUGG